AUGUCUGUCACUGAGCACGACUUUGACGAUGUUCGCUAUGAGUAUCAUGUCAAGCACAGAAUUAGUGCCAAUCAAAAUAUAUUUUGGGUCGUUUGGACGUGUAUAUCAGUGUUUGUGCUGUCCAGGUUCGGGCGAAAACUGUUCGCGCUUUGGAGUGGGCAAAGAUCACACACAAAUCGGUCUGGUCUCUCGGCGCUGGACAAACCGUCUGUCUGGAGAAGGACAUUGGCGCACAUCAAUGCCGUCGCGGUACAGCCAUCCCCACAGCUGUUGCAGCGAACUUUCACAGAGCUAUCCACAGGCAAGAUUGCUGCACUUGCCACUUACUUGCUCAUUGGCAUGGUCCUGCUGCUAUCUGUCGAUCCUCCAACCUCUAAAGCACACUUCAUUGACGAUGUAGCAUUCAGAGCGGCAUGGAUCACAGUCACUCAGAUCCCAUUAGUCCUCUUCCUCUCCACCAAAAAUGGACUGAUGAAUAUAUUGGCCAGUAUAUCGUACGAGAGGGUAUUAUACCUGCACAAAUGGGCUGGCCGCAUGAUCUUCGUCUCUGCGACAACACAUGUCGUCAUUAUGAAGUCGUCGAUCUCGCUCGCGGACAUUCUACUAUCUCAAGACACGGGUACUACAGUCGUUCGCUAUGGCAUUGGCUCAUACUUCUUACUCGUUUGGAUAGCUAUCAGUAGCAUAUUACCAGUCAGGAAGUGGAGCUACCGAGCCUUCUACAUCAAUCACUGGACGUGCAUGUUAGCAUUUCUAGUGCUGAUCAUCCAGCACGUGCCAGAGCAUGCAUCAACGCCUAUUUAUAUGGCCUUUGGCUUUGUGGGUUUCGACAAAAUCUCUACGCUCGCGCUGUUCGCUAGGAAUAACAUCUCAGUACGGCCGCUUGGAUCACGUUUGGACAAGUUCCGACGGGGCCCGGGUCGGGCAAUUUUGAUCGCAGGUUACCCGGUAGAGAUGAUGGAACCAUACAAUCUCAACAUCUCGACCGGCAUGGAGGAAUCUGUCACCACUAUUCGCAUCUGUAGUGUACCACUGAAGUGGCAGCCAGGACAGCACAUCAGGCUUUACGCUCCAGCUCUCGGUGCAUUCGAGAUGCAUCCGUUCACACCAGCGAAUUGCUCGAGCAUAGCAGUACCGCCACCCCUGCCACCCAGAAGAAACGAGGAUCUUGAGAGACGAGGAUCAGUGAAUUCUGUGGCAUCUUCGAGACAGUCUAGCGACAUCAUAUUGAUGGUCCGCGCUCGUUCAGGUUUGACUCGGCGAAUCAAAGAGUUCCACACAGAGUGGCUGACGCUCCCAUGUCCCAACACGACCCUAUCUUCCACUACGACAUCACUGACUGCUUAUAUCGAUGGCCCUUACGGUGAUCCUCCGAGCUGGGUGGAUUACGAGAUUCUUGUACUUGUCGUUACUUCGACUGGCGUGUCGUUCGCUUUGUCGAUCCUAGACUACUUCGAGCAGCUGUGCCUAUCAAACGUGUCAGAGCUUAGGACUCGGGCCAUCCGAUUUGUAUGGAUUGUACGACACAUCGACCCUCAAUUCGAAGCAGCCGUUGCAGAGUUGUGCCAACGUUAUGGCACAAUACUCGAGGACUCAGGUGUGCGAAUUGAGACUGAGCUCCACGUCACUUGUGUGGAGGCCGAGCUCAAACCCAGCACUACAGAGAUCGAUCAGUUCGCGCACCUCCGCCCUCAUCAACCGCGAUGUGGCUCUGGCGAUCGAAGCCUCACUAUCCGUAACCCGGACGAAAUCUACGACGAGUGGGAGGAGGAAGAAAGACAGUGGGCGUUGAUGGAGGCACUGGAGGAGAUGAAGAUGAAGCAGGUCGAUCCGUUCGAAGAUGCGAAUGAGAUUAGCUCUGUGUACAGCGGUGAAGAUGGUACCGUGGAAGGCUAUGAAGGCGAAGGCUACGCGAGUUCUGAGAUCGGCACGCUACUCAACGGAGCGAACAAUCAAGAAGACCGCCGACACAGCAAUACCUUUUCUAGCGUGCGAUUGACAGUGGACGAGACUGCAGCCUUGAAUUUGUCACGACCACUGUCGUCGCCAGUGCGCUCUCGACUGCUGCCAGGCCGUCACGAACUUGAGCAAAAGCCUUGCGAAUGCGCUCUUAUCCAGUAUCAGCGUGGGAAGCUCCAGAAACCGGGGCGACCUAUAUUUGACAGGUGUUCAUAUGGCAGGCGACCCGACACUUCUUACAUUAUCACAUCAGCACUAAACAGCGACCAGCACAGCAGAUCCAUAGUCGCAGUAUGUGCGAACAGCGUAGUCUCGAGACAUGCCAGGAAAGCUGUCUCAGAGGCAAAUACUGCCUUUGCGCGGGGACUAAGAGCCACAGAUGUUGAGAUCUUCAUUGAAGAAUUUAGCUAG